AUGAAUGUUGCAUUGGGACUGGCGGUACCCUCAGAGGAUACGGGCACUUCCGGAGAAAAUGACGACGACAACGACGAAAUCCCGGAAGUCAUGAGGUUUCCAGCAAAAUGCUCACAAUGCGCUGCUUCAACCGACACGAAAAUGCACUUAAUAAAUAUACCACACUUCAAGGAAAUUGUCAUCAUGUCAACCACCUGCGAUGUAAGUUACCUUCAAGAGUAUAUUCUUGUUAUCUCCUCUAAGCUAACUCUGAAUCAGUCUUGUGGUUAUAAAUCAAAUGAAGUUAAAGCGGGCGGUCCUAUUUCUCCAACUGGAAAGAGAAUCAUUCUUAAAAUGGAAGAUGUCGAUGACUUAUCGCGUGAUAUUCUGAAAUCAGAGACAUGUGGACUGUCAAUUCCUGAGGUUGACCUUGAACUCCAAUCUGGUACACUGGGAGGUAGAUUUACUACAGUUGAAGGACUUUUGAGGCAGGUCUAUGAUGAACUGAAAGAGAAGAUUCCGUUUGUCAGUGGGGAUGGCGUGCAAAACGAGCGCAAAACUGCCUUCGAGAAUUUUAUGAAAAAGUUGGAUAAGGUCAUCAAUGGAGAAAGCUUUCCUGUUCACCUGAUAUUAGACGAUCCGCUCUCCAACUCAUACUUGCAGAACCCAUAUGCUCCAGACCCCGAUCCGAACAUGAAGAUAGAAAAUUACGAAAGGAGUUUCGAACAAAAUGAAUUUCUCGGUUUGAAUGAUAUGCAAUCCGAGGAAGACCAAUACAGCCUUCGAGAUACUAGCGUUUCAGGAGUUUUAGAUCACUUGGAGGACGAAGACGAGCAGAUCGACGCUUCCGUUCAAGAACAUCAACCACGUUUGUUGAUAAUGGGCAAGAGAAGGAGUGGAAAGUCCAGCAUUCACAGAGUGGUUUUCAACAGAAUGGCUCCUAACGAUACAUUAUAUCUCGAGUCUACUCAUAAAAUUGAAAAACAGAAUGUCGUGUCGUUCUUUGAUUUUCAGGUGUGGGACUUUCCGGGACAACUUGAUUAUUUCGAUGAAACUUUUGAUUCAAGUACGAUUUUUGGGGAAUAUGGAGCUUUGAUUUUCGUGAUAGAUGCACAAGAUGAUUACAUAGACGCUAUAAUGCAACUCUGUCAGACGGUGAAACAGGCUUACAAAGUUAACCCCAACCUUCACUUCGAAGUGCUGAUACAUAAAGUGGAUUCGCUGUCUGACGAACUUAAAAUUGAAUAUCAACGUGAUAUCAGUCAAAGGGUUAUGGACGAGUUGGCGGACGAUGAUAUGGAGAAAAUUACACCAGGAUUCUACCUGACCAGCAUUUACGACCAUUCAAUCUUUGAAUCAUUUAGCAAGAUUGUUCAAAAACUUGUGCCACAAUUGUCAACAUUGGAAAACUUGUUGAAUAUAUUAUGUGCGAAUUCUGGGAUAGAAAAGGCCUUCUUAUUUGACAUUCAAUCCAAGAUUUACAUAGCCACCGAUAGUUCUCCUGUGGACAUGCAGUCUUACGAAAUUUGCAGUGAUAUGAUUGAUACUGUUUUCGACAUUUCCGAACUUUACGG